GGCAUGGGGAGUCUUUUGAUGGGCGACAUCUCAUCCCAACUCCCCCCCUUUUCCAAUCAGGACAGAUAAGAGCUCAGAAGGGCUUCUCUGCUCGGACGUACGUCUGGACUCUGGAGUCAUGGAACUGGAGGAGGAGCAGGUGGAUAGCAAGAUACGGAGAAGUGCUGUAUGCUUCGUAUUUGGAACCCCUCCAUCCCCAAGGGGGAGAGAGGCACGUCGGCGACUGGAAAUAAGAAUCAGCAUGGUGGGGGGGAGGAAGAAGGGGGACGAAGCGGGGAAGAAGAUCCGUCGGUUUCGUGGCUGCUCAGUUGUGGAAGAAAGGGCAGGACUGCACUUUCCGAGGCUACAAGAACUGGAGGGGGAUUUCGGACAAGAACAUGGCGAUCUGGGCGGGCUGGGGUUGCGAAUCGGGAAAAAGCUGGUCCAAAUGAUUGACUCGAGUGGAAUUUGAAUCUUUUGGAUGUGACCUAAAACCGCUGCUCCCCGAAUUCUUGGACCCCUGCCCACGGGGGCCCGCGCUGCCCCCACAAACCACGUCUCUUUCGAUGUAUUGUGUGCAUCGUUAGACAUGCUGCCCACAACAUGGUCGCCGUCGGGCCCACUCUCCACCAGAUACUCUCCAUGGAGCCUCAAAUAUGGGGAUCCAA